UUGCCUGACUUAGAAGUGAGGACCCUGGCCAGGCAGCAGCUGUGGGGUGGGGUGGGGUGCAGGCUACACCAUCUGACUUGGGGUGCUCAGAGGGAACCAAAGAUGACUUGCAGACCAGUCCUUCUCAUGUGUUGCCUCUGGGCUGUUUUGCUUCUGUCCGCGUUGCAGGAGGGCUCCGGCGCCUCUGUGGGCAGACGGCAGGCGGCCCCAGAAGAGGCUCAGAGAGGUGUGAAGCAAAAGAUUUUUAUGCAGGAAGCAGACGCCUCCAAUUUCCUCAAGAAGCGCACCAAACGGUCCUCCAAAUCCCGGGAGGAGGCCAACGCGGAAAACAGGCAGAAAAUACGGGCUGAUGAGCUGCGGAGAGAAUAUUAUGAGGAACAAAGGAAUGAAUCUGAGAACUUUGUGGAGGAACAGAAUGAUGAGCAAGAAGAACAGAGGCGGGAGGCCGUGGAGCAGUGGCGGCAGUGGCAUUAUGAUGGGCUGUAUCCUCCCUACCUCUACAACCGCCACCACAUCUGACAUCCUGCUAAGGCAAGCUGGGAAGGAACCACAAGAUAUGCAUCCCACUCCCCAACAGCGCACACCUCCCAGCCCUGGGAAACACAUUUAUCUCUCCCUCGAUGCCUCAAAUGGCCCAGGUUUCUGCUUCUUUUAUUGUGGUUUUCUGGGCAUGUCCCUCCCUGCGAUGCCUCCUGAGCACCAAACUUAGAGUUUCCACCGGCUUAGCCAUUGUUCCCAAAAGCAGAAUUCCUGUCCAUAGACAGUACCUGUGCUAGCUGAAGGAGAGCAACAUGGGUACAUGCUUGCUUCCAGCUUACCAAUAAAGAUGAUGUGUGCCAAG